AUGCAACUUCCCAGAUUGAUCACCCACAAAAACCGUUUUGUUUCUGGAUGGCCAAUUAAUUCCGUCUUCCACCUAGUUAUACUAAUUUUUUUUCAGAGAUGUAUGGAUGAAUUCCCCGUGGAGAGGUGCUUACUUCAUAAAAAGGUCGGUGAUUGUAAGUAUACUGAAACUUGGCAAUAUCUUAUGAAGAUAAAAUGUGCGAAAACAUGUGGAUUCUGCAUUAUAUUGCGAAAAGAACUUCCACCAAAUCCUCUACGAAGUCCUACGCGAGCUCCUCCUCCACGAGCUCCUCCACGAGCUCUUCCACAAACUCCUCCACGAACUCCGCCACCAAGUCCUUCACCAACUCCUUCACGAAGUCUUCCACAAAAUCGUUCGGGAUCAUCUUUAGUUAUAAGAAAUAAGAAUGGAACAGUAUAA